CUAAUGAUUGGCUAAAAGUUUCUUUCUGAUUCUGUUUCAGAUGCAUCCACUUGGACUGUGUAAUAGCAAUGAUGAAGAAGACCUGUAUGAAUAUGGCUGGGUAGGAGUGGUGAAAUUGGAACAGCCAGAGUUGGAGCCCAAGCCAUGUCUCACUGUCUUAGGAAAGGCAAAACGAGCAGUACAGCGAGGAGCCACAGCGGUCAUCUUUGAUGUUUCUGAAAACCCAGAUGCCAUUGAUCAGCUGAACCAGGGCUCAGAGGACCCUCUGAAGAGACCAGUGGUGUAUGUGAAAGGUGCUGAUGCUGUCAAGCUAAUGAACAUAGUUAACAAGCAGAAAGUGGCACGGGCCAGGAUUCAGCAUCGCCCCCCACGGCAACCCACCGAGUACUUUGAUAUGGGAAUUUUCCUGGCCUUCUUUGUGGUUGUGUCUCUUGUUUGCCUCAUUCUUCUCGUCAAGAUCAAACUGAAACAGCGACGUAGUCAGAAUUCCAUGAACAGGCUUGCAGUGCAAGCACUGGAGAAAAUGGAGACCAGGAAGUUUAAGUCCAAAAGUAAGGGACACCGAGAAAGUAACUGUGGAGCACUGGAUACACUCAGUAGCAGCUCCACCUCUGACUGUGCCAUCUGCUUGGAGAAGUACAUUGAUGGGGAGGAACUGCGUGUCAUUCCUUGCACUCACCGAUUCCACAAGAAAUGUGUGGAUCCUUGGCUGCUGCAGCAUCACACCUGCCCUCACUGCCGCCAUAACAUCAUAGAACAGAAGAAGGGGAAUGCAGCUCCAAUCUGUCUGGAAUCCAUCAACCCAGCACGCGGCCGGCAGCAGAGGGUGAUUCUGCCUGUCCACUACCCGGGCCGAGUGCACAGGGCGAGCCAGAUAACAGCGUAUCCCACUCGGACAAGCAUGGACCCUCACGGAAACCCCAUCACCUUGCUGACAGUUGAGCGACACGGUGAACAGAGCCUCUACCAAACCCCGUCCCCAGCCUAUAUUCGCAGUUAUCAGCCCAUUCAUUUGGACCAUGCUUUAAACACACAUCACUGCAGCCUGGAGCACAGGGCUUACUCUCCAGCUCACAACUUCCGAAGACCCAAGUUUGGUGGACGCAACUUUUCCAAAGCGGCGUGCUUUUCCCGAUACGAGACCAUGUAUCAGCACUACUACUUCCAAGGCCUUAGUUACCCUGAGCAAGAUGGACAGCUUCCAGCUGGCAUUUCCUCAAAGGGUCCUUCCCGUGCCUUUCAGCCUGGUAGCAGCAUGCUUUUCCCUCCUGUGGUACAUGUAAUGCCCUCGUCCCGCUUGGAGAGUGGCAGUACCUCCAGCUUUAGCUGCUAUCACGGUCAUCGCUCAGUGUGCAGUGGGUAUUUGGCUGACUGCCCCGGGAGUGACAGCAGCAGCAGCAGUUCUGGUCAGUGCCACUGCUCCUCCAGUGAUUCCAUGGUUGACUGCACCGAGGUCAGUAACCAGGGGGUUUACGGGAGCUGCUCCACCUUCCGCAGCUCUUUGAGCAGUGACUAUGACCCGUACGUUUACCGCAGUAGGAGCCCUUGCCGAGCGGGUGAGGUUGGUGGUGCAAACAGGGGUGCAAUUGUGCUUUUGGAGGGCCCCCACCAGGACGAGCUUCCAGCUCACGGUCAUGGUAUGGUGGGUGCUGACUGCCGGCCUGUGCCAGCUUCUUCCUCAGGGGACCAACUGUCUAAUUGCAGCAUGGAUAUGAACUAUAGCAGUAAUUCCUCACUAGAGCACAGGGAUCCAAAUGGCACUACCUCAGAGGGAGGACCUGAGGCCGCUCCUGGUGCUGCCUUGGAUGUUAAAAGGAACUGGAAGAAUCCAGAGAUAGCAGGGUCGAUUUCAGAGCAGGCAUGCGCAUGCUGCUUUGAAUUCCAGCACUCUGCCCUGGAGCCUAGCAGUGGGACAGCUGACUGUAGUGCACUCUUCCUUAGCUCCCCUCUUUGGGGGACAUGUGGCCAAGGAAUUGAACCACAGUCAGGGAACACCCCAGGCUUGUACAGUAUUAACUCAGACCACUUACAUAGGACAGAUGGGGUAAAAUAUGAGGGGUUGCCCUGCUGCUUCUAUGAAGAGAAGCAGGUAGCCUGUAGUAGCAACAGUGGCAGUGGAGGUGGUGGCUGCUAUACAGAAGACUAUGCAGUGAAUGUGCAGUACACGCUUCCUGAUGACACCAUGCCAAACUGCUGUAAGGGUGUAUGUGAUCUGGGUCAACGCAUUCCCAUAAUUCCUGAAGACAGAGACUGUGAGCUGAUUCUACCGCCAGAGCACCAAGGGACCCACAUAGGAGGCUGUAGCUCCUGGGAUGGAACACCUGAGCUAGACACUUACCUGCACUGUCAAGGUAUUGGAGAGGUACAGGUCGAGAGGGAGGUGUGCUAUGAGGCAUCAUCAUUCCUGCGGCAGAACUACUCUCAGGAGGAGGAAACUGGAAUGCCCUUUCCCAGUCCCACUCUGAACUCACAGAAGCUUAUGAUGACCACAAAGGCCACAGGUGCUGGAUCUCAUCCCUUGGAGAGGAGCCAAAUGAGUGACUAGACCUGUCCAGAUGAUCCCAGAUGGAGAAGCGGAGCUUAUCAGAGACUCCAAAUUCUCAUGGACUUAAUUUUUUUUAAGCUUUGACAAACACACAAAAGUGGUAAUGUGGAGAAGUCCCUCCCCUGCUUCCUCUGUGUUCACAUCAGUUUGAUUGUCUCCUUUGUCCCUCCUGCCUGAAGCCUUCAGGCCUUGAUUUGUGUGCAAAGCCCAUGUGGGACAUGGUGUGGAGCAUUUCUGAGCUCUAGUGCCAUUUCUAUAUUAAUGACAAAGUGUUAUUUAUAUUUUCUUUUUAGAAGUGACCUCUUGCUGAGAGGUAACACAGUGUGUUAAAUAAGCCAGGCUAUGUGUAGAUGCUGUUAUCUCCUACUUGAAGGAGUCCAGCCUUUGAUAAGCUCAGGGCUACACCUGCCUUAGAAACCAGAUAGCACCUUGAAAUAUAGUAAUCCAGAGGGAUACAGCUGCUGAAUGGAUGCUCAGAUACUGACUAAUCCCAGUAGCAAAUCCUAGCAGCCAGCAAGUUACGAGAGCGAUUUUUGAGGGAGGUGAGGCAUUGGACUGUCUCCUUUCUCCUCUUCCCUUCUCCCCCCUUUCAUGCUGCCCUGAUGGUUUGGCUAGGAAGGUGUCCUGCCAUUAGGAUUAGUUUCAACAGAGUGGGGGUAAGGAAGCUGAUAGCUCAGAAUGUUCUCAUCCUCACUUCCUGUAUUUAAACUGUGGACCUCAUUGUAUCUUCUGACCAGUGAAGAAUGCUGGGGACCUCUCCCUCAAGCAGAUGCUCGAACAAAGUGCUUAGAAAGGGUAUUAUUACCUUUGUAGGUAAUGAACUUUUCCUUCCAUAGGAAGUUUUUCAGGCACCUGUAGCCCCUGUUACAGCUGUGAGGAAUGCUGGCAUGUGCAGGAAAACAGCUUGCAGUGUGCUUGCAGCUUUGCUGGCUCCUUUUGGAAACAGGGUUUGUUUCCUUACAGGCUGCAAGCAUGCCUAAGGGAAGCAGUGCUUGUCUCCUUUUGUGCGUGUGGGAAAGUGAGGGACUUGGUUUAAUCAUUGUUUUCUUCUUUGCUGUGGUUGAUGUAGCUUCCAUAGAUUGAUCCAUUUUAAAGGUUUCUUGGGCCCAGCUGGUUGUGCUUCAUUUUUGUCUUGUGUACAGAGUGCUCUCUGUACCCCAUUAGCCUGGGCACAUACUUUUGUUUUUGUUCUUGUCCUAGUGGGGAUGUUUUUUAUCAUGAGAUAAUGUAUGUCGUCACUUCUGAUAGCAAUUGUUUCCUGUGGAAACAGCAGCUUCUGAGUAAGAGGCUACCAUAGCAUGGGUUAAAUUGCCUGUCAUGCUGCAUGUGCCUGAGGACACAGUGUCAUCCUGUGGUGUAUUCACAGCAGGAAUUCUUCUAAAGGGAAACUAAGUAUUUAAUGCCCACAGUGCCAGUCUUCUGAAAAGAUUUGUCCUAAGUUCAGUACACUUUGGAGGUACUUCAAAGACGUGAAAUAGAGAUGUACACUUCAUAUUCUGCCAAAGCAAUGUCCUUGACAGCACUGGGCUGGUUGUGAGACCCAGCAAAGCUAACUUGUAUUCUCUGUAGUCCCAAAUGAACUAUUUUAAAAAAAGGAAACAUUUAAGAAAUAAUAAAUACAUUAGUCUAUUUCCUUUUGCUUUCAUACCCAGUAAGUUAGGAAACAAGUUCCAUCUAAAGGAAUUCACAUUACAUCUUUUCAGUCUACAAGCACCAAAAUUCAGCUGUUCAGAGAAUUAAUACAAGGCAAUAUCUGGGUAUAAGAUUAAAAGAAAAGUUUCAAUAAACACAUUUUCUGUGUAUAAAGCUUAUUAAAAACUUAUUCAUUCUCUGAAUUACUGAAGUAAGUGGUAUGUGUUGGGAGAACAAACUCUGAAAGUUUGUGAUUUUUGGAUUUUUUUUUUUUUUGUUUUUAAGUCUUACCCUCUCCUUCCUCCACUAAAAAAGAAAUGUGUUGUAGAAGCUAUGGUAUACUAGCUUGGUUAUUCUGCUUGGUGUUUUGUAAAGGCCACCUAAGAUACAUUGUACUCUGUAACUAAAACACCAUAUUAUGGUAAAAGUGGUUCUUAAAGAUUGGAACAUUCUGGCUCAUGGUGAUCCCAGAUCUACUGGUCCCACACAUUGUGGAGAUCUCUGCUGGUACAAGUCUCUGCAGGCCAUACCACAGACACCCUACACCUGCCUUCUGUGCUGGGUUUGACAUGUAACACAAAACUCUAUGUCCAGACUUACAGGCUAGCUGGCCAUGAUAGAUGGUUUUUAUAACAAAAUGCCUUUCUACUACUUACAUGAACAGUUGUGUUUGGCUCAUGAGGCACUAUUUAAAAUGUUUUUAAUUAAAAUUGUCUUAUAGCACUUAAAAUUGUUUUGUAUAAAAUUUGCUGUAAAGAUUUGUAAUAUGGUCAAAGGGCUCUUUCUCCUUCAUUACCAUUUUUAAAAAUGUUUUAAAAGCUAGAAAGCAUCUUGUAUAUAUUCUGUAUAUGUAUAGCAGCACAUUUCAUGUAUGGAAAUAUGUUCUCAGAAUAUUUAUUUACUAAUAUAUUUAUCUUAAGCCAUGUCUUAUGUUGAGAGUGUGUGACAUUAUUGUAAUAAUCAUUGAAAAUCACUAACACGAGGCCCUGUAAAUACAUGAUAAUUGCACACAAAGAUUUUACAGUACUUGCCGACCAAAAAUGAUUUAAGACAAGUGUAGUUACUUGCAGUUUUGUAAGAAAGUGUACAAAUGUCUGUAUUAAAAGAAAAAAAAAAAAAAAAGGCAAAACCACACAAAAAAUACAGUUUUAUUGCAUAUACAUGUGGGAGUUGUCCUUCUUGUUUUGGGGGAAAGGACAUAGAUAGCUGUUCUCGUCAAAGUAUAGUCCUAGAUAUACUGAGAUGAACUCUAAUAAAUAACAUUUUUUUCCUUUUUCUAAAAAUAACAUAUAGGUGGAUAUGUAUAUGCCUUUACACAGCACACCAGUUAUUGGGGGGGAGUGGGGGGUAGGUGUCACACAAGCUCCUGAAUGAGAAGUACCACAUCUGCUAAAAGAAAUCCUCAUUUAUGGGUGGAACCUGCCUGUUCCUUGUAGCAGGGGAACUUAACUCCUUUGUAAUUUCAGGUAAAAGUAAUUUAUUGCCCUGAAAUAAAAUUGAGAGAGCAUGAUACAGGUGGACACAACUGGGUAAGUCAUAGUUUGAAUAUUCAGUAGCUUGAAUCAAGCUAGAUGGAAUCACUGGUGCUGCUGAAGUGAAAAUCAAUACUGUGGUACUUGUUUUGUCAGCAGAGAGCACAAUUUCAUCAGAGAUGUUUAUGCAGACAGCAGAGGAGGGAGCCUGGGGGGGUGUGGCUCUGUGUGUGUAUGUACAUGUGUAUUUCUGUAUGUUAUUGUGUAAGCUCUUCACCUUCAUGUAUUAUUCAUUUCCCAUCCAGCCAUAUAGUCACAGAGCCUUUUUCAGGAUUCUCCAGCUUCUUCCUUAUCCCAAAGAUUUUUACCUGGUAAUCCCCUGGAUUUUCCCUGUCUCUCAUCCAUGUUCAAAUGCACUGUAAUUAAUCACCUCAGGACUCAGCCAAGAAAUGAGCCUUACUUCUCUGCAAUGCUCCUUGUUUCAUAUGUGGUAACUCCAUUUGGGAUGACCAUUCAAGAGAAUUAAUUAAUAGUGGACCCUUCACAGCCUGAGUUCCCAUCCUGUCUCAGGUGCAAUGGAAAAUCCUGUGUGGGAAGACAGGCAUCAUAGUGGAGAAGCAACAGGAGCAAGUGCUUCCCAAUUAAGUAUGUGCCCCUUUUUUCAUGAAGUGAACAGAAUCUUUGCAAUUGCCAGUGAUUACAGAUAUGCUUUUUAUCUGCAAAAUAGUUCAUGAAACACUUGUUUUUACAAAUAGCAUUAUGAGGGUGGCUGGUAAUGUGUAUUUUGAGACGUGACAUCUGAGCCUCCCUUCUCUUCCCUCCCUUCACCUCCGUCUGCUGUUGCUGCUGGUGUUCUGUUUUCUCAUUUCCUGUUCUGAAGAAAACUGUCAGGUGAUUGUGCUUUUCAGAACAGGACAGACCACCAGCCUCAGUGUCCCACAGAAUAAUCAGUGAGCCCAGGUCCUGUCUCCAUGAAAGACAGCGGUGGGCUGCUGGCUGAACUUGUGUGUGGUGCCAAGCUCUGUGGGGUAUUCUGUCUAGUCUUUGUUGUGGCUUUUUAAAAAGGACUAAAUGUAAAUAUUUCCUGUCCAAAAUGAACAUUUUGAUACUUGGCAAGGGGGGAAGGUUCCUUUUCAGGUUUGAUGUUUAAGGAACAAGUUUGUGACAAAAUGAGAGUCUUGUGGGGCACCACAAACCUCCACAGAACCUCGAUAAAGUAGAAAAAGCCAAGCAGGAGCAGAUUAUUCUUAAGGGAUUGUACAUUAUGGUAACACUUGGUGUUCCUGUAACACUAUCUGCAAUACCCCAUGCAUCUGCCAAAUCCUAUGACAGCUGUUAGGUAACGUUUGUUACUUGGGUAGUGUGAAGAGAAAAAUGCCCUUAAUAGGACAGCCAUGUUCAUACCCUGUGGAGCCAGCCUGGCCUAAUUCUCUGGCCAGGGAGACAAUAACAUACCUGAAACCAGAUAUUUUAUCUUGCAGUGAAAGCACUGUGCUCCUGUGACUUAAAUGCCUCACAGAAAAGUGUCUCUUUCAGAAUAAAAAACACGUUUCCCUCAUGGGGAAUGAAACUGCUGCUUAGGAAACAACCAAGAAAAAAGAAGGGAACAGUUCCCAGAAAGAACCAAAAGUGCCAGAGUCUCAUAAACUGGAAUGGCAAGAAAGGAGAGGAGAGUCCAGUCCCCUGUGACAAUUGUGUUUCUAAAAGAAAAAUGAGUCUUCACAUGAAAAGCUGGAGACAGUUUUGGUAUUUGUCACUGGUUUUCUGGUGUUUACAUAAAACGUUGCUGAAGGUUUCUUAAACUGUAGCAUUAUUUUGGCCAGGAGGAAUUAAUUAGAGAAAAGAUGAAUCUUGCAAGCAAGUGGAAACAGCAUUACACAUUGCUAAAAUUUGCAAAGCAAACACCAAAAGACUUGUUACAGUUCUUUCUAAAAGUUUGAAAACACAAAAUGAAAACUUUCAAUUUGUUGUUACCUCAAAAAUUGUGUCUCAGAGCAAUGUCAUACUUUAUAUAUAAAGUAAUAAUUCUCAGCUCUAAUAUUCCGUAGUAACAUGUAUAACAGGCAGUGCUCUUGUAAUCUGCUAGUGAACUGCAGCAGUUUCUGCCUCCUUUAUUUCAUAUUUGUACACAUGUUUGUCAUCCCAACAACUCCUCCUGCACAAAUACACUGUAUUUGUUUUUUCAUAAUUAUUAUUUACAACAUUUGCUGAAUGCAGGGUGAACAGUUAUAAACACAGCACGUACUUCAGCAGCGAGUCAUUUCAAAUUUGAUUUAUUCUGGUUUCUUGACAGCUUUAUGUGUGGUUCAUGUGAUAGCUUUUGGACUUGUAGCAAAAUGUCUUCAGAUUGAAGUUCACAAUGCCAAAUUUCAUCCCAAAGCACAGGUGCUCAGUAAAUUUGAGUGGCGUGAAAAGUGUGUGUAAUGGGGAAUUUUUCUUACACAAAAAAUGGUAUGGUCUGAAAACAAUUGUAUUUUUUACUCUCAAGGUAGCAGAAUUGUUCAUAAAUGUCCAGAACAAUAUUCAGGUGAAACUAUCAGUGAACUGUAUUUCAUUGGAAGAUUGUGAAACGCUGCUGCAAGGCAGUAAGAACUAGUUGGACAAGUUUUUGUCAGGAGUUGUUUUUGUAGUUCACCCUUCCUUUAGGCAAAGUGGUGCGCUAGAAAAAUCUGUUCCUUCCCAUUGCCUGAGAAGGCUUAUUAAACAGAAGAUGAAAGUGGAAUAGCUACUUAUGCUCAUUCAGUGGCAGCCAUGUGUCUGCUGAUGGGUUUGGCCUGUAGUCAUCCAGGCUGCAGAUUCAGUGCAGUUUCUAGGACUAUCCAUAAAUACUUCCUAUUUAUGCUGUUGCUGGGGGGGUUAGAAUACAUAGACUUUAAUUCUGCAAUCCCACUGGACUGUUUGUGUGAGCAAUGUGAUAAACUUCCUCAGCAUUGUCCUGGCUGUAAAGAAUUUGGCACAAACAAGUCCUAAAGAAGAUAAUGCUUGAUUGAAAAAGCAGAUUACAUGUUUGGUGGUAAAAAUCAUCCAAAGAGAUGCACAUGAAUUUGCAGAAUCUGAUGAACAGCCUAAUACAAUUACAGGCUAGAAAUGAGAUUCAAAGGAGGAAAGUAUUUCUUACAGCAAUUGUUUUAUCAGCAUCUAUUCUGUCACAAAACUGAGGCUGAGUUCCCCUAUUCUCAAUGUCUGUCUAUCAUAUAUACCAAAGAAGUAUCUUUGAUUUUUUUUUUCCCUAUGGUUACAGUGUAUAGAAAAUUUAUUUUUCCCAGAGUGUAAACUAACAUCUUUUCUUCCUAUAAAAUGUUAGCAAGAUACAAGCAUAAUAUGCUGUAUUAAAUAAGCAUUUCCUAUACAUAUACAAAUAUAUAUAUAUUACUAUGAUAACACAUCACACAUUUUUACAUAACAACGUCUCUAUUUUCCCACAACAUAACAAUAUUAAGAUAAAAAUACAUAUAAAAUCAUGUAGUCAACAAACUAAGCUAGUUUUAAAUGUAGAUUUUGAACGAGGGAAGGCACUUGUCCAGCUGGCCCCUUUCCAGCUGAGCUCCACACACAGAGUAGGCUGCUGGAACUGGCUGCUGUGUGAAGGCAGCAGGCUCACGGAUCGCUCUGUGGCAGUUCCAGAAGUGCUCAUUGCCCCAGCUCCUGGGGCAGACAUCUGUCCUUGUCCUAUGGCUUAUUGUCUGCUUAGCUGUGGAUUCGGGGAGCUCUUAGCUCAUCUCCCUGUGCAGCCACCCCAGGAGCAAGGCCAGAGAGCUCAGCUCUGUAAAAAGUAACUCAGGGAAGAAAAAGCCAUGGCCAUUUUUGACCCAAUCAGUUUAUUGCACCACGACACAGCUGGUCACACCAACACAAGAGUGAGUAGGGGGCCAGAGCAGGAGCUGAAAUCCAAGUGAAUGAGGAGGCAGCUCCUCAUGAUGAUUUGGUUGUCACAACAGUUGCUUUUGACUCUGUAGUUACUGUCACAUUUGCAGCCUGUCCAGCCUCUUGAGGGAACUGCUAGGCAGGAGCUCAGAAGGCCAUUCAGAUACAAUUCCAAACAAAUCCUUCUGCAGUUAUUUUCAAUUUGUCAAAGAAAAUGGUGUAAACACCAACAUCCUGACGUGUCCCUGCUCUCCAUGCCAGCUCUCAGCUGGCUGUGUAGUGGGAGCAUUUCUUUUUGGGAUUACAACAGUUGUACAUGGUCACACUUUCUGCUUCUUUCUCCCCCAAACCCUUACAUCAAAGAUCAAAACAUGCUUUGUUAAUGGAUACCACAUAUCUUGGCCAUAAAUCAGCACACCUGAAGUGUCAGCACUACAAGUGUGAGUGACCCUACCACAUUUUGAAAAAAUCACACUGGAGAUCUACCUGCUCAUCAUGGUCUCAGCCCUGUAAAGUAAUAAGUGCUGUUUAAGGGACCCUGUCCAUGAAUUUCCAUCCAUUAUUCUGUUUACUAGCACUAGAAGUAUCUAGAAUCAGCCAAUCUGAAAGAUUUGGUGGGGAAUUACAUAG